CCGAGACAAGAUCGUCCAGGAUGCCUCAGGUGGGGCGUAGCAGAAAGGUGAGGCCAAGAUUUAUCAAAGGUUUCCAACUGCGUAUGUCCAUCCAGCCGCCAGCAUAGAGACGGCGUGCACGAUAUUUGCCACCUCCCGGGGUUUAUAACCAGCCUCGUCGACCUCGGCAUCAACCUGGACCGUCCUCACUCUCGCCUGCAACUGUACUUCCGCUACAAAGGGCGAUGACAUAGAACCUGGCCUCCUUCACCACCACGCCCAAGGUCCUGAUCUACACUCUCACGCCGCCACCCAAGUCGCAUGUAUUGUGCCACCAGGAGAGGGUUGAUCCAGUUCAAGCGACACGAUGGCCAUCACGUCUGGCUACACAGACGCUGAAGCUGGACUGAAAACAGAGCCUACUCCAGACGUCCAAGCUAGAAUCGGCAGCUAUGAACGGCCCUUGUCCGUCAUGGAAGCCGAGGCCAGCGACUUGAACAAUGGCAUGAUCACCAAGCGAGGACUGAAAAGUAGACAUGCACAAAUGAUCGCGAUCGGUGGUGCCAUAGGCACAGGACUCUUCGUCAGUACCGGCCAGACGCUGGCAUUGGGAGGCCCUGCGUUCAUUCUUUCGGCAUACACGUUGCUGUGCGUGGCCGUCUACUGUGUCAUCGCCGCCAUCACUGAGGUUGCAUCUUUCCUACCGGUCCACGGAGCUACAAUGUCGUACUACGCCAACCGUUACGUCUCCAAAAGUCUAGGAUUUGCCCUUGGUUAUCUAUAUUGGUACGCACUGGGUGUCUUGGUCCCCUAUGAGAUCACGGCUGCCGGGUUGGUCAUCAAUUUCUGGCCAAACGGUGUCAAUAUCGGCGUCUGGAUUACUAUCAUGGUAAUAGUUAUCGUCGGUCUCAAUUUCCUCCCCGUCCGCUUCUACGGAGAAAGCGAGUUCUGGUUCGCCAGUCUAAAAGUUAUCCUCAUGCUCGGACUCCUUCUGGUCUCCUUUAUCCUGUUCUGGGGUGGUGGCCCAUCGCAUGAUCGUCUAGGCUUUCGAUACUGGCAACGACCAGGUGCAGCUAAGCAGAUACUCGCAGAUGGCAGUACCGGCUAUUUCCUUUGCUUUUGGCAGACGGUGAUCACCUCAGCCUUUUCGUUCGUCUUUGCCCCUGAACUGGUCAUCACAACCGCAGGAGAAAUGCAGUCGCCCAGGAGGAAUCUACCUCUCGCAGCGCGACGAUACUUUUUUCGUAUGAUUUUCUUCUACAUCUUCGGCGUACUCGCGAUAGGCGUCACAUGUCCUUCGGACGCGCCUGGCCUUGUGAAUGGCGGCGCAGGAGCCAAGUCUUCUCCCUUUGUCGUGGCCAUCACUUCGGCAGGUAUCUCCACGUUACCAUCCAUAAUCAACGCGGCCAUCCUCAUAUCAGCUUGGUCUUCUGGAAAUUCGUGGCUCUAUGUUUCCUCACGGUCUCUCUAUUCGCUCUCGGUCCAGGGCAACGCGCCACGUGUCUUUGCACGGUGCAAUAGAUGGGGAGUUCCUUAUGUGGCUGUGGGUACCACCUCCCUGUUCUGCGCUCUAGCCUACCUCAACGAGGGUUCCAGUGGAGGCAUCGUCUUCAACUGGUUCAUUAAUCUGUCAAAUUCAUGGGGUUUCAUUUCUUGGAUCAGUUGCAGUAUCAUAUAUCUCCGCUUCCGCAAGGCGGCCCAACUCCAGGGAUACCAGGCCCCGUAUCGCAGCCGACUGCAACCCUACGGCGCCUACUUUACCGCGGCAUUUUUCACCGUCCUCUGUUUGACAAAUGGAUUCACGGUUUUCUGGAAGCAAAAUUGGUCGGCCGCCACAUUCCUAUCCGCCUAUGUCGGUAUUCCUGUAUUUUUCUUGAUGUAUCUCGGUCACCGCAUUGUGUAUUGGAAAGACCCGUGGGCUUACAACCCUGGGGAUGUUGAUAUGCAAACGGGUUUGCAGGAGGUUGUUGACGCUGAAGAACCACGUACUCAGCGGAAAGGUUGGAAGAAGAUUAUGCUAGUCAUAGAAUAGGCACCGCGUUUGACUUCCUCGCAACAUGUGUAGCAAGCGGUUCUCGG